AGUACAUACAGCGGGUAACGAACGACCAAAAUCCUCUAGGAUGUUAUUGGUUAGUCUCUCUGAAACACGCCGAAUACCGAUAUUCUCCACCAUUAAUUGGUUGGCCCAAGCUUCUUUCCCACGGACAAGGUAGCACAUGCUAAUGGUCGCUGGAGAAGCGGACUGACGUCAAAAUGUUGCAAAUUAUUUCCCCUUCCUAAGGAUUUGAAGUUUCGCACCUGCAGUAAUUUCCGUUGAUCAGGUACACGUCGUCCAACUUAAUUUUUCUCUUCCUUUUUUGUUUACAAACAAACUCAACGAAUACCUAUACACCCACUCAACGACUUGUUGUCUCGAGUCCACACCUACUACGGGAAUACCGCUGAGACAACAUAGCUGACGUAACAGAGCGGCUGUUGGUCCACUGACCAUUUGUUGAUCACCCCCGAGCUUCGACCCCGAACCAUUGCGAGCCCCGAUUCGUUUCCUCCCCAUCAUCCACUUUCCCACGCACGCAGCGCUUUUCCACCCGGUCAUGUAGCCCUGUCUGUACGAUGGCAUCAACUCUCCGACGCCGGGCCCUCGGCGCCGAUAACUCAUCCGAUUCCUCAUCCACAGUACCGACACCGAGAGACGAAAGUCCGGUCAAACCGGGCGAUAAGAUCAAAAUUAUCCACCAAGAGCGCCCACCCAAGACCCGCAAACGACGAAAUACUUUUAUCUUCUUGAUGGGUAGUUUGUUUGGGCUUAUCGCGGCCGGAUUUCUCGCUAAGAAUAAUGAUUUAAUCGAACUUCCCGAAAUUGGCGAGCUUAGCAUGGAUAGCUUCCUCGAUGUGCUGCCUGCUGGUCUCGUCAAGGAUAUGAGGGAUCUCAUAAAGGGCGAACGCGAUUUUGUUGAUAGUUAUGAUUCCUUCGCAGUCGGAGUAAAAGCCCGAUCGGAAGGGCUCAGCGUACAUCAUCCCGUCAUUAUGGUCCCCGGAGUCAUCUCGACAGGCCUCGAGUCUUGGGGCACUGCUAAUAUCUCCCGACCGUACUUUCGAAAGCGACUCUGGGGUAGUUGGACCAUGAUGAAGGCGUUAGUGAUGGAUAAGGAAAUAUGGAAAAAGCACAUAAUGUUGGACAAAAAGACAGGGUUAGAUCCACCGAAUAUUAAAUUGAGAGCUGCGCAAGGCUUUGAUGCUACCGACUUCUUUAUCACGGGAUAUUGGAUUUGGAGCAAGAUUCUGGAAAAUCUUGCGUCUUUGGGAUACGAUCCGAGCAAUUCAUUUACGGCUGCUUACGAUUGGCGUCUAUCAUACCAAAACUUGGAACUACGAGACCAGUACUUCACGAGGUUAAAGAAUUAUGUUGAAUUGGCCCAUGACUUUUCUGGUCAGAAGGUGGUUCUCGCAUCUCACAGCAUGGGUAGCCAAGUUCUGUUUUAUUUCUUCCAUUGGGUUGCAUCGGCGCAAGGUGGUAAAGGGGGCGAUGACUGGGUCGACCGCCAUGUAGAGGCUUGGAUCAACAUCAGUGGGUGCAUGUUGGGCGCGCUUAAGGAUGUGACUGCCAUUCUUUCCGGCGAAAUGCGGGAUACGGCGCAGCUCAAUGCCUUUGCGGUAUACGGACUCGAGAAAUUCUUGAGUAAAGAUGAACGCGCCGAGAUGUUUCGAGCUAUGCCGGGUAUGUCGGCUAUGUUACCAAUGGGUGGGGAUGCGGUUUGGGGAAAUUUGACGUGGGCGCCGGAUGAUCAGCCUGGUCAGAAGAAUUCAUUUGGUUCAUUUUUGAACUUCCGACGCGGUCUGAACUUAACUACGCCGGACCAAAAUUUUACUGUUAGCGAUGCGAUGAAGUAUCUCAUGGAAACAACGGACGAUUGGUACCGGGAUAGAGUCCAGGAAAGCUUCUCCCAGGGAGUAGCCCAUACCUCCGCCGAAGUGGAAGCUAAUGAGUUGGACCAUCGCAAAUGGGUGAAUCCUCUUGAGACGAGGCUACCUUUAGCCCCGAAUCUGAAGGUAUAUUGUUUCUACGGUGUUGGGAAACCUACAGAAAGAGCGUACUAUUAUCGCACGCCGGAAUUCCCGGGGUUCACGAAUCUUAACGUUACUAUCGACACGGCGUUGACAGCCGACGAAAUCGAUCACGGCAUCAUCAUGGGAGAAGGUGACGGCACGGUUAACCUAUUAAGCACGGGAUAUAUGUGUUCGAAAGGUUGGCACAUGAAACGGUUUAACCCGACAGGCGUCAAGGUUUCAGUUGUCGAGAUGCCUCAUGAACCGGAAAGGUUCAAUCCUCGUGGAGGGCCCAAUACGGCCGACCAUGUGGAUAUCUUGGGACGGCAGACACUUAAUGAAUUAAUAUUACGCGUUGCGGCCGGUAGAGGUAACACGAUCGAUGAUUAUAUCGUUAGCAACAUCAGGGAAUAUGCAGAAAAGGUCAAGAUUUAUGAGGAAGAGGCAUAAUGAUUGGGAGGGUAACGGAUAGGGAAGUAUGGGGAAGGUAGAUGGGAUAUGACCUCUGCAAUUUUCAUAGAUGACGACGAAUUAAAUAUAUGUACGUAUACUGGGACGGUAUGUAUAUUUAUUCGGGUGGCACACUCCUAGGUAUGGCUGUGCGUUUUGGGCAGCGGUCAGAGCACGUUAAGAUGUCCUUAUUGGUAUAGAUAAUAACGUGUAUAGAAAUUCAGCUAUAUAUAAGGUUCGACUCCUUAGAAUAUGGUUCAAUCUAUAAACUCCCAUUUAAAAG